AUACAUUACCUCAUACAACUACCAACAAAUCCAAAGUUGGUGCCGAAAAUGAAAAGGAGGUUGAACUUAUACUUGCAGGUGAACAGCAUAGUUUGAUUACAAACCCAACUGAAAACAGCGUACACGGGUCACGUACAGAUAUUUAUUCGAAAAAUACAAAGCAAGAAUCUAAAAAUAAUCCUAAUUGGCAUAAUCGCGGUCACAAUCGGGAAUUCCACCGUACACAUCCAAAUUUAUUAAAUCCCUUUGAUGAGGUUGAUCAGUCAAGACCUCAUAAUGCACAUUCUCAUGGCCACAACCACAAUCACAAUAGAGCAUUCCAUGAGCGGCAUCCUGAAAUGCCAAAUCCAUUCGCAACACCCGUUACGCUGCGUACUGUGCCUACAACUACGAAUAAUUUUGAUUUGACGGAUGCAAAUCCACCAAAUCCAUAUGCGGAGUCAACAACUCCUUUUAGUGUUCGACCUGAGAUAGAUUUGAGAGCAGGCCAGGAUGUGGAUUGCCAGUUUGAUUGUGGAAAUGGAAAAUGUGUGAAGUCCUUUGAGGUAUGCAACGGCAUUAACAAUUGUGGUAAUCGUAAGGAUGAAGAUAAUUGUAAACAUUUGGGCUAUGAGGUGCGUUUAGCUGGUGGCGAAAAUGCAAACAUGGGCCGUGUUGAGGUUAAAAGUGAGUAUUUUAAUGCAAUAACGUACAUACAUACAUUUUGGAUAUACGUGCAAAAUGAAUGAUUAAAACAUCGAGCGUAU